GUAAAAGCCAUACUUACACCGCUCUACGACACUUACGAGAAACAUUGCCAGAGCGGUGACAUCGACAAAUGCGUUGAUUUCUAUCACCCGGAUGCUGUGAUGUUCUUAUCACCAACUGGUGAGCAACGCUUCGUCAACGUCUCAAUUCAGAAAUCCAAUGAAAAAUACGAAGGAGGUGAUGACUACCUGAUCCUCACUUGCGACAACACCAUGGAGUCUGCGAAAAGAGGCAAGGAGACAGCGAAAAUGAAGGAACAGAAACAUCAAUGUUUGUCUCAAAAAGGAAAGAAAUUACAAUAAUC